AUGUUCAGGAGAGUCGCAGCAGCAGUGCCCGCUCAGGCAGGAAGAGUGCUUGCAACCGCCGCCAGGCCCAGCAUCGUUUCGCCCAUUCGCACAGCAGCACCCGCAGUCUCAGCAGUCGGUCGGCGACAGUACCACGAGAAAGAUAAGUCGCCCUCCCCUCUUGUUCGGAAAAUCGAUGUGAACGCUCAGCUAACAUUCGCAGCACUGCUCGACCACUACAACAAGCCUCGCAAUGUCGGCUCCAUGUCCAAGACGGACAACGACGUCGGUACUGGACUAGUCGGCGCACCCGCAUGUGGCGACGUCAUGAAGCUCCAGAUCCGUGUCGACCCCAACAGCAACACCAUUAGCGACGUCAAGUUCAAGACCUUCGGCUGCGGCAGCGCGAUUGCGAGUUCGAGUUACCUGACGGAAUUGGUCCGGGGCAUGACACUGGAGGAUGCGUCGAGGAUCAAGAACACAGAGAUUGCAAAGGAGCUUUGCCUACCACCUGUAAAGCUGCAUUGCUCCAUGCUUGCUGAAGACGCCAUCAAAUCCGCCAUCUCCAACUACUACACCAAGAACCCCAACGCACGGCAAACAGACCUUGGCGGCAAGUCGGCGCCGCUGCCAAAGGUGGAGAUUGAGACUGUUUCCUCAGCGACGGCUUAG